CAACAACAAUAACAACAACAAUAAUAACAACAAUUCAGAUUCGAAACCUUCGUCGCCCUCGUCUGGCAGUUCGGAUCUUCUGUCAGGAAAGAAUUUGACUUUCUCGCCGGAACAAGUCGCCUGUGUAUGCGAGGCGCUGCAGCAGAAGAACGACAUUGAUCGCCUGGCCAGAUUCCUCUGGUCUCUGCCUCCAAGCGAACUCCUCCGAGGAAGUGAAGCUGUCCUCAAGGCUAGGGCAACUGUAGCCUUCCACCGAGGCAGCUACCGUGAGCUGUACGCCAUUCUCGAGAGCCACUCCUUCGACAGUACAAAUCAUGUAUUUCUUCAGCAACUCUGGUAUAAAGCUCAUUACAUGGAAGCCCAGAAGAUACGAGGCCGUCCUCUUGGGGCCGUGGACAAAUACCGACUUCGGAGGAAGUACCCUCUUCCCAAGACCAUCUGGGACGGAGAAGAAACCAUCUACUGCUUUAAGGAGAAGUCUAGACAGGCGCUUAAGGAUUGCUAUAAGCAGAACCGGUACCCAACUCCGGACGAGAAGAGGAAUCUGGCUAAAAAGACUGGCUUGACCCUGACCCAAGUCAGUAAUUGGUUCAAGAACAGGAGACAGAGGGAUAGAACUCCCCAUGCAAUGCCGCACAUGCAGGACGCUUUUUGCCGUGACCUAAGCGAGGAGAGCAUGAAGCAAGCCAUGCAGCACAUGUGUGGGAUGAGUGCACACCAUCAGGGCACCAUGAUGCACGGUGCACACCCCGCGGAGUACGGUCGCGACUUCAGCAUGCAGAGCAAAAUGAUAGAAGAAAUGCGACAAGGCCUACCCGUGCCUCUCGUAAAAACGGAGAGCUCUGCUUUUCCGCAUCAUUUCCUCUGUUCACCGCAGGCAGCUGCCUUAGAGCGACACCAUCACCACCACCAACACCAUCAUCCCCAGCACCACCACCAUCAACUGCCAGGACAUAAUCUACACCACGCCCACGCUCACCCGGCCCACCACCCCCACCACACCCACCACCACUCCCCCGUCCCUCCUGUUUGACGGUGGGGACGUCUCCCCCUUCAGGGAGACGGGGCAGACAGCCCACACGCCAACAUUCUCUCACCGAACUUUCUCGAUCCCGGAAACAGCAGCAGCAGAGACAGCAGCUUGAGCAGCAGCGGCAACAACAACAGCAACAACAACAACAACAACAGCAACAACACUUCCAACAACAACAACAACCACCAUAAUAAUAAUAAUAAUAACCAUCAUCAAAACAGUAGUCAUACCCCCAUCAACAGCAUCAACAAUAGCAAAAGCCUUCACGGGGGGAUCAUCAUGGACAAUGAUAACGACGACGAUGUAGGUGGUAACGAGGCCUCGGCGGUUGCUAUCGUCCCUCCCGCUACGUCUCCUGCAUCCAUCGGGUCUAACGGUGCUGGUGGAAAUGGCCUUCUUCUCAGCAACAGUCUCAGUACAAUUGGUAGUAGUGUCGGUAUCGACGGGGGAAACGCUGUGUUCCCGGACAACGAUAUCGGUUUCGGGGUCGGUGUUGUGUUUGGUCCGCCCUCGAAUCUCGGCGCCAUGCUAAGUCACUUUCAACAACAGCAACAUCAGCUUCAGCAGCAGCACCAGCACCAGCAGCAGCAUCCCCACCAGCAACAACAACAGCAGCAGCAACAGCAGCACCAGCAGCAACAACAACAACCACAGCCGGCACACGUGAACCCUCAUCACUCGUCUGGGUUCCACCACAGUUUCUUACCCCAACAGCAACUGUAUCAACACCACAUCCACACGCAGCAAGUGCAACAGCAACAACAGCAGCAACAACAACAACAGAUCAGUCAGUUGGCCUCACCAGCUGUUUCCUUGACCUCCAUGACGUCAUCUCAACAGUGGAGCUGACCCUGGUUAGGGGCAAUUUAUCUGUGACUUUGCCUAUCUGACAGGGUGGGACUCGUAUCUCACUGGAAUAGUUGACGGACAUGUCUGGUAAGAUCCCAAAGAAAAAAACUGAGCUUUAAAAUGUUAUCCUUGUCGUUAUUCUGCAUUUAGCCUCUUUAACUCUUUCACAGACAAAAUAAAAAUGUUUACUCAAGAGAGAUCGAAGCAAAACCACAAAAUAUUUCGCCUUAAAAAGAAUGAGAAACUGUACAAUUUGCAAAUACAUCGACUAAAUAUCCUUCUUGGACCAGUAUAAACAAAUGACAGUGGACCAGUUCGGGAGAAGGCAAGUAUAUUUGUGUAUACACAGAAGGGAAGUGGUUUGAAAAGACAACUGCAACUCAAUAAAAUUAUAUAUGCAAUGUUAGCAUAAAAAGAACGGCAUACUCAUCCUGUUUUGGUACCCAUAAUUACGCCACUAAAAUGUUAAAGGGCUUGAAUUUUCUUUAAAGGAAACUACCUUACCUUACAAAGAAUGUAUACAAAUCUAUUUUCCGGAGACAAUUUCACAACGUUAUUUACAAAAUUCACAAAAGUAUUGUGGUUAUUUGUCACAAACAUUAUUCUUCAACACAAUAUAUUUUUUUCGUUUUGUAUCUUUUUCAACAUGUAAAAAAGCUGAAGCUCAGGAGGACAAGGGGGGGGGGGGAUUU